ACGCUAUCAGCUUUCUUUCAAAUGUUUUGGAUGUUACGUAUUACAUUUACAACAAUGAAACCCCGCGAUUAGGCCUAAAACCAUUUGUUCCAUAAAGCUGGAGGUUCGAUGGUCAUGGUAAGGGCUUCCAUAUGGCGAUUUAGUGCUGAUUGAGGGUGUCACGUAUUACAAGAGAAUAGCAAGUCUGGUUUGGGUAAAGCACACUGAUGAUGGAGGAUGAAGACUUCUUGCUCGCUCUAAGUUUACAAGAAGAGUUUAAUCAAGAAGCGUCGGGUACCCGGUGGAAUGAUGACGACUAUCCGUCGAGUAAAAAGCGCAAAAUUGACUCCUCCAGUGUGCUGGACGUUGUGCCAUUCUCUCAGAGCAGACCCGAGAGACCGCUGUCUAUCGUGGACGAGUCGUGGGAGACGAUGGACCCCAAUCCGGACGUGAGAGCCAUGUUCCUGCAGUUUAAUGAAAUGUUCUUCUGGGGGAAACUGUGCGGGGUGGAGGUGAAGUGGAGUCCAAGGAUGACACUGUGUGCUGGAGUGUGCUCUUAUGAGGGAAGAGGAGGCCUGUGCUCUGUAAGACUCAGUGAACCACUCUUAAAGCUCAGACCCCGUAAAGAUCUCGUCCAGACCCUUCUUCAUGAGAUGAUUCACGCUCUUCUCUUCGUCACCCAAAACAACAGGGAUCGAGAUGGCCACGGACCGGAAUUCUGCAAACACAUGAACAGAAUCAACCAAGCCAGUGGGACCAACAUCACUGUAUAUCACUCAUUUCACGAUGAGGUUGACGUGUACAGGCAGCACUGGUGGCGAUGUAACGGGCCCUGUCAGAAUCGCAGACCGUUCUUUGGAUACGUGAAGCGUGCGAUGAACAGACCUCCCUCUGCCAGAGACCCCUGGUGGGCCGAGCACCAGAGGACCUGUGGGGGGACAUACACCAAAAUCAAGGAGCCAGAGAAUUAUGGGAAAUCCGGCAAAACUGAUAAAAAGAAAGACAAGAAUGCCAUCAGUGAGAAAUCCAAGACGUCAAAGCCUGCCGGUAGCAGUACAGACUCUGGCUCUCAGGACAUCAGAAAUAUGAUUCCAUUCAGUGGGAAAGGUUUCGUUCUUGGAGGAAGUACACAGAACUCAAUGGACAAACAGCCCAGCCAGAGUCCCUUAAGCCCCUCUAGAGCGCAACCUCUCGUCUCUCCUCCUAGGAAUGAAUCGCCAUCCCACUCGAUACCAUGGUCCAACGAGACAAAGCCUUACAGUAGACUGAGCUCAGGUUCAUCAAAUGUUCUCGGCAAAAAAUCUGUCGGCAACACCAGUGCCUUCGUCAACGUCAACGGCUCGCCUGUGAGGAUUUCCAAAGCCAAUGGCAGCCUGAGGGCAAAGCAGAGGACAGUGCAAGAUCUCUUUCAGUCCAAAGUCCUCAGAUCUCCAGAGAGAGCCGACAGCACUGUGGGUUCUUCCAAUCUUAAAACUAAUGGACUGGCUUCAUCCAGUGCCAUUAAUAACCCUCAUUCAUCCACAAUCAGCGGACCAAAGCCCAGCUCUUCCGAGAACCACAUCUCCAAAUAUUUUAGGAACGCUGACAAUACUAAAACUACAGAUCCAGAGCUUCGUGGAAGCCCUAAAAAAUCUGAAACCAGCACGGGUUACAUUUCAAAGCACUUCGGAGGUUACCAAAGACCAGCCUUGGAUACUACGAGCUCAGGGUUGAGAAACAGUGUAAGUCCCCAAAAGCCACGCACAACUACUUUGGGAUCCAAUUCCAAGCACUUUGGAGGCUUUCAAAAGCCUGAGGCCGGUUUUCCAAGUCCUAGAAACAUUGGCAGCCCCCAGACAUCAGGGACAUCUACAUCUGGAGCCAGGAAAAGAUCACGGGAAGAGCAGAACUCAGCACAUAUUUUUGAUUACUUCCAGAGGACGGUCAGCGAAACCUCGACGGUGAAGCGCAGAGAGGAGACGGACGAAGCUGCUCGGUCUGACAGAGAUCAGCAAGCAGAUAGUUCUCCGGUCCAAAUCACCGUUCUCUGCCCCGUGUGUCUAAGCAAAAUAGUUGAGUCUAAAAUUAAUGAACAUUUAGACUCCUGUCUUACAUGAUUACUUAAAACAAGGAGUAUCUUUCUAAACUGCUUCAGGCUCGUUUUUCAGGUAUAGCUUAAAAUAUUAAAACUGUCUCCUGGUUCAGUUUGGACAAGUUUCAGUUCUUAAAAAAAAAAACGAUUUUAUUAUGGUAUUCAAGAAAAUCUACUAUUUUAAUUUUUGACUCGUUCUACCUCGUUCAGAAAGUAUUCACGAUGUGGGAGGAAUGUUGGGUCUGGUCAGUCCCAGUAUGAUUGACAGUUGAGUUGUCACUGUCCUUCUGCCCUCAGUUCGUGUUGAAUCAGCAGUACUGAAUUCUGCACGUGCUGGCUGUUCGCUGUGGGAUUUAGAUGUGCUUUGCUUUUGCAGAAUCAGGCUUUGCAAGGUUGUAUCUUGGUGACAUCAGUAACACCUCUGUCAUUCUCUCCCACGGGUGGGCGGGGUUUGCGCCACCCUCAGCAUAAUAAUCUACUUUGUGCCUUGGAGACAUACACAUUAGAAAUUCAACCCCGCCCAGAGGUGGAAAUUGGGCGUGUGGGGUUUAGGUGUAACAAUUAAGUGUCAUGUUUUGUUUUAUGGUUUGUGUUUCAACCCACCUUACAACACAAAACAUUACCUGAUGAUGUCAUGCAGUUUGUGUUACAUACACGACAUGAAGGUGUGACUUUUGGCUUAAUGCACUAAUAGACCCAAACAAAAAUAAUGUCUGACGUUCUCCAUACAUCAUUGACUUUUAGGUAUUCGAAGACAAACUGUGGUUUCUUAAUGAUCUUACCCUUCCACGUUUGUUGUUGGCAAGUUUAGGAACGGAUUUUAUAACUGCGUUUUAACUAAAACCGUACUUGUUUUAUAUACAGAAUUUAAAGGUUUCUAGGAUUAUUUCAAGAGUUAAAAAUGUGUGUGUUGUUUUUGUUCUGUAAGUGUUUAGUGUAUAUUCAGAGCUGUUUUAAAACUCAAAAUUGUAUUUGAUUCACAUUUAGGUGAUGUUGUCUUUGUUUACUGUUGUUAAAAUAAAUGCUGUUGAAGUAU